AAUUGGAGGUAAAAUAAGAAACUCCACUUCCUGCACGCUCGAAUCACACAUUUCACCAUCUAUUUAGUAAAUUACAUUGUUUUCGAAACCCAGGAUUCCAGAAAAGUAUGGCACAGAGUGCAGAGAAACAGAUUUUUAUAGAUGAAAGAAAUACUAUUAAGAAGGUGACACAGUUCAAAGAGGAAUACAAAACUCAAGCAGAGAAACUUGUGUCAGAAGUGUUACCCAAGAAAGUGAUUGAACUCAACGACAUUCUGAAUUUGAAAGAUUUUGAUGCUGCACGUGUGACAGAUAUUAACACAGAUCUUAACAUACCAGUUCCAGAGGUGGUCUUAAACAAUGAUGCAGAUGGGCCCCAACCAAAAAAGCGAAAGCUGGACCUUAUGGAUGGGUUAUCCGAGUUUCCAGGUUGUCGAAUACUAGGAUUACCAAAUGGCACAUCUCCCUCAAACAAGCACAUCUCAUCUUUGCUAGAUCAAGUCAAGCCAUACAUUAGAGACCUCAUAGAUCAUGCAAAUAUGAUCCGUAUGUGGAUAGCUUUCCUAAUGCCCAAGAUUGAAGAUGGCAACAAUUUUGGUGUGUCUAUACAGGAAGACAGUAUGUCAGAAGCACGACAGGUUGAAAGUGAGGCUGCAUCAUAUCUAGAUCAGAUUUCCAGAUAUUUCAUCACUAGGGCUAAAAUUGUAUCCAAAGUAGCAAAAUAUCCUCAUGUGGAGGACUAUAGGAGAACCAUAACAGAAUUAGAUGAAAAAGAAUUUGUUAGCAUACGAUUAGUUGUUAUGGAACUAAGAAAUCAUUAUGCUACUCUGCACGAUCUGAUUAUGAAGAACCUGGAAAAAAUAAAGAAACCAAGAUCACAGAAUACAACGAGCAUGUAUUAAUACAACGCACAACUCGUAGUCUUUAAGCUAAAAAUGUUCAUGUAUAUAUUCUACUCUGCACAUAUUGUGCAAGUAUUUAUAAAUGAACUACUGAGUAUGUCAUAUGUAGAAGAAUGGAGUUUUAAAGAAUGGAGGCCAAAUACAAUCGUUAACUUAUGUAUCCUGAUCAGAUUUAUUGAUGUUGAAUGACAUUCAAAGACAUAACAGUAGAAUUACAAAACAGUGUUACAUUACCAAAAACAUUUGAUAAACAGUGUCAAAAAUGAAACUAUUUAGAUGCCAGCUUUUAUUUUUUAACUAAUUUCUACACUUAAACAAAUACACUGAGUGGGUGCCUGAUGGCAAAAGGUCAUCUAAAACUUUUUUAAUCAAAGACUUGUUAAAAAGUUGAGUUGUCAGUCGGUUAACAAAUAAGAUUAUGUGAAAAGAAUUUACUGCAAAUCUUGAGAAAGUGAAAAUUUUAUGUUUUUAUUUAAAAGUCAAGAAGCUUCUGAAUUUAUUCAGGCUUUUGUGCUCACUGAGGAGAACUAUCAGUGCUGUAAUAAAACUAUUUUAUAUAAAAACUCUGAAUACUGUAUUUAUUUGUUAAAUAUACAUUGACAUGUAAAUGAAUUGUGUGAACUAAAAUACCUCUGUUAUGCCUGGGUCACAUUUGCUCC